AUGGAAUUUGAAAGUAGGUAAUUCAUUUCUUAAAGUGAAUUCAAUCGCAGUGAAAAAUUGACAUUAACCACAAUACAAUAAUAUGUUUCUAUAAUUGUAUUAUUGUUGGCCUUGGGAGAUGCAAUAAUGUUAUUUGUUAUCAAUGGAUUUGUGUUAAAUUAUAUCACUUUAAGCUAUGCUAUCAUUAAUGUACUAAUAGUUUUGAUUUGCAUCGGAACUCUCGUUUGGAAUAAUUAAUAACAAACAUAUCUAAAAUCAACUGAAGAUGAAUGGGGAGAAUUGACAGAUAACUUUAACGGGAGGUAAUACAAUUAAUUAUGAAGGUUGUUAUUCUUUUUGACUAUUUUUAUGGCAAUAGCAGAGUUUGUAUUCUUCAUUUUGAUAAUACUGUCUAGUGAUUAUGUCUAAGGGUUGUACUAAUCAGAAAAAAUUGGAAAUGAUUAUCAGAAAUUCGAUAAAGUGGUAUCUGUUAUGAAACCAAUAAUAUUGAUAUUUUCAAUCUUAAUUGUUGUUGGAUUAACAUACACCAUACAUAAUUUUUAUUAGAUGACAAUAUCCUCAAUAACAAGUAGAUUCAAUAUAUACCUCCUCUGUAUAGCUGUAUCCUUGACUUCUUGGGGAUCUAUAUAUUUAUUGAAAGGAAUGGGCAUCUAUUCUAUUAGUGCCAUUUUAAACUUUAUUAUAUUAGCAUUAAUUUUAUUAGCGGUUAUUUCAAACACUUGGAAAAUCAAAGGUUUGCUUAUGAUAUUAGCAGCUCUUCAAAUCCUCAUAAUUCCAGUUCUUCUAGGAUUCCAAGCUGAAUAUAUUAGAGACUAUUAAGAUUAAUAAGAAAGUAACAUUGUAAAUUGUUAAUAAUAAAUGAAUAAUUUAUCAGAAUCUUAUUUAUCCUAACACUCUUGUGCUUCAAAAUAUAUAAAAGACAUUCAAACAUCAAAUUGUCCAGAUGGAUAAAAAGAAUGUUCGGUAUAUUCUACUACAUGUGAUAGAGAUGCUCAAGUUUAGAGAUGGGAAGUAGAUACAACAGAUCCAGCAGAUCAUCCAUUAGGAUGUUUAAAUCUCAAUUGUUGUAAAACAGUUAGUAAUAUUUACACAAAAGAUUUAUUAAUUUUAAUUAUGCUAUCUUUGGCAACCCCAUUAUUUUUAUUUGCUUUAAUUUUAUUUGAAUUCCAUCUAUCAAGAAGAACAAGAUCAGAUAAAACAUUAGGUAGAAACAUAGAAACAUUAUUCCUAUUAUUAUUUAUUGGUACAAUAGUUUUUGGAGUACUCAUGUUAAUAAAUAAUUAUACACCAAUUCCAUUAAAAAAAGAAGUUAAUUUUGAUCAACCUGCUAAAGCUGUAAAGGCAAAGGAAUUUGCAAAAAUUUAAUCAAGGAUGUGCUAAUCAAUAACUUAAUUGGUGGGUAGCAGAAUUGAAUUGAGUAGUGAAUGUAAAUCGACAACUAAUUGUCCUUUGAAUAAAGUAGAAACUGGCAAAAAAGAGACAAGUAUAAUCCCCAUAUAAUUAAUUUAGAUAUCUUAUUUGGAUUAUGGGUGAAAGGAGUUUAAUAAUUCAAAAGGAAGGAAGCAACUACAUAUCAAACUUUGGCUGCUGCUAAAUUCUUAUGGCCUAAUUAUGAUGGUAAUGAAUAAGAUUUCUUUGCUAUAAUUGGCAAGCUGGAGUAUGUCUAAUAAUAUUUGGAUGAUGUUUAAGUUUGUUAUUAAGUUGGUUCAAAAGAUCUGACAAUUAAUUUAUAUCAAAAUGUUGUUGACAUUCCAAUAGAAGAAAAGAAUAGCAAAGUUUAUCAUUAUUCAAUGUUUUCUCAUUUUGCAGAAACUGCAACUAAGCCAGCAGAACCAAAUAAAGGAAGCACUGCUGCUUCAGAUAAGGGGGGAAGUGAUCCAAAAUCAUAACCAUCAUCAUCUUAACCUAAAUGUGAAAUUCCUAAUUGUUAAGAAUGCAAAGAAUAAAAGUGUGUAACCUGUAAACCAGGUUUUGAUAAAGAUGAUGAAAGAGGUUGUAGAUUUGCUGGAAAAUUAGGAGUAAAUGAAUCUAUAUAGGUUUAAUUAUUUAAGGAAAUGAAAUCAAAAGUGAGUGGAUUUGUAGUAGGAGAAAUAAAAAAGGAAGAUGAUAUAAUAUAUACUUAAUAUCCAAUAUAAGAGGCUAAGAUUUGUUGGAGUCAAGAAGGAUUAGAAAAACCAAUUUGUGAUGUAGCCACUCCAAAGGGAGAAUAUAAAUUAUAGAUAUCAACUUUCGAUGUAGCUGAUUAUAGCACUCAAAUGUUUUAACCAACAACUGGAUUAAUAACUGUGGCAGCCAUUGGUUAUGAUGAUUAUGUUUAAUCUUAAGUAGUUUAGUUUUAAGAAGAAAUUAAUUUUGGAACUAUUUUAAUGAGAUCAAAUGUGACAAUACCUAAGGUUCAAACAACACCACCUCCUAAAACUUAUUAACAUUAAGCUGAAACAACCACAACUACAUCUAAACCAUCAACAACUACAGAACCUACCAAACCUACUACUACAACUACAACGAGUGGUUCAACUUCCAAAGAACCUGCAAAAGAAUAACCUAAGGAACCUGCAAAAGAAUAACCUAAGGAACCAGCUAAAGAUUAACCUAAAGCAUAAGAAAAAAAUGAAGGAGGAUGUAAAAGUGGAGAAUAUUUGGAUGCCAGAAAAAAAUGUUAACCUACUGGAUGCACUAAUGUUCCAUUUUGUAAAUUCUGCGAUAAAAAUAAUAAAUGUAUUAGUUGUUAAGCAGAAUAUCAGUUAUAAGCUGAUAAAUCCUGUCUUCCAGAAAAUGGAUGUUCUAAACCUUAUUCUCAAAAUCAAUGUUUGAAAUGUUCAAAAGAAAAGGAGAAAUGCGAUUCAAAUUAUUGUGAUGCUUUUUCAGCUUUUGAUAAUGGCUAAUGUAAAUAAGCAUAUAAAUUAUGCACUACUAAAAUCUAAAAUUGUGCAAUUUGUACCAAAGAAAAUAAAUGUGCUGUAUGCGAACAAGGUUAUAAGGUUUUGAAUGGAGAAUGCAAAUUAGGAGAUUUCUCUUAGAUUUUUUAGAUUAAUUAUUAUUAAACUGAUGUUUAUGUUGUUGAUGUUAUGGAUUGGAAACAUUUAGAAACAGCCAAAAUUGAUCUAAGAGUAGGAAGUUGUGGAUCAUUUUAGGUGUAUGGAACUGCUAAGACUGAUUCUAAUGGAAAAGUUACAUUUACUCGACUAGUUAAGGGUUCAUAAUAUAAUUUAAUUGUUACACAUCCAGAUUAUUCUUAAAAUUGUUAUGAAUUUCAAGAUAAUGAAGUUACUAUUGUACCAUUGUCUAAAAAGUUAAAAUCUGGAUAAGUUAGAAUAGUAUUAGAAUGGUAUAAUCCUAAUAUAAAUUUGGAUCUCUAAUUGUCCUUUAAUCCUACAUCCACUUCAAAUUGUUUAGUUGGAUAUUUAGAUUAUGAAUGCACUGGAGCCUAGUUUGGUAGAUCUUCUGAUGAAGAAUAUAGUUUUGAGGCCAUUGAAAUUAAUGCACUUGUACUUAGCAAAUACUUGAUUUUUGUACAAAAUUUUGGAGAUAAAGAAAAUUAUUAAUAAAAGUUGAUAUCAUCAAAUGCACAUAUCAAAUAUUAUGUGGCUGAUAAAGAUGAUCCAGCUGUUACAUUUGUAGUACCUAAUGAUAAAUAAUCUGAAAUCGUGGGAACCACAGAGGCUCUUAAAACUGAAUGGUUAGCAUGGUUAGUAGGAUGCAUUGAUGCAAAUGAAUCUGAAAUUCCUGAAUCCUUAUUUUCUUAAAAUGGUGUAUGGUAAUAGAAUACAUUAAUUUAAAUAGGUGGACAGCUAGUUUAAAUAGAUGGUAUCCUGAAAUUCCUUAAAAAACUUCUUAAAACUAUUUCCCAUCACCAAAAAUUUGUGACGUUUGAUA